AGCUAUGGAGCGGCUUGGGGUUCUCUGAAGGAAUGGUCGAUCAUUGUCGCAUGUUGGCCUGCCAGAGCGAGGGCAUGGCUAUAUAAGAGCAGAGCUCGCACUCGUCUUGUAAGGCAUACAACUCAAUCGCAUUCACAACUUCCACUCCAUAACCUACUCUCCAACCUCUUCCAUAUCACAAUGAAGGCCUCAAUCAUCAGCACCGCCCUUCUGGCCACCGCUGCCUCUGCUGCACCUGCUCUCGUCAAGCGCCAGAGUUCCGAUAUCGAUGGAGUCAUCCUCAACUAUGCGUUGACUCUCGAGCAUCUCGAGGCCAACUUCUACCGCGAGGCCCUCGCCAAGUUCUCGGCCGCUGACUUUGCCGCUGCUGGCUUCAACGACACCAACUUCUACAAGAACCUCCAGGAGGUUGGCCGCGAUGAACAGACCCACGUCGACUUCUUGACCACCGCCUUGAAGGGAGCUGGUGUCACACCUGUCGCUGCCUGCACAUACGACUUUGGCAACCUCACACCCGCCACCUUCCUGGCCACCGCAUCCAUUAUCGAGGGUGUUGGUGUGAGCGCAUACCUCGGCGCUGCCGCCCUCAUCACAAACAAGGCCUACCUCACCGCAGCAGGCUCCAUCCUGACCGUCGAAGCCCGCCACAAUGCUUUCAUCCGCGGUAACCUCGAAAUGUCGCCCUUCCCCCAGCCUUUCGACGUCCCUCUCGACUUUGACCAGGUCUACUCGCUCGCCGCCCCUUUCAUCAAGGCUUGCCCUGCCUCCAACCCCACACUCCCCGUCAAGGCCUUCCCCUCGCUCAGCGUUGGCAAGGACGUCCAAAUGCCCAUCAUGCAGGGCGAGACCAUCGAGUUUGACGUCGCAGCCGACAUGAAGGUUCCCUCUGGCCCUCUGUUCGUUGCCUUCCCUCUUGCAACUGGCACCAUGUUCUCGUCUGCUGUAGUCAAGGAUUGCAAGGUUUACGCCAGAAUCCCUGUUAGCAUUUACGGUCCUACUGGCGAGUCGUUUGCCAUCUUGACUACCAACUCUACUGUUGUUAACGAUGACAACACUGUAGCUGGACCUGCUGUUGUGGAGGUCAUGUCGUCUUACCUUGCUUAA